AUGUCUCACCAUAGCGAUGCUGACGUUGACAAGAACGUGCAGCUCAGCACCACGGUGACGGGCCUCGACUCACGUGCCAAGCAAGAAAGCGACUUCACCAUCAACCAGAAUCCCCAGUCUCCAGCAGCACUGUCCGGUGCAAAGUCCCCCGGUGUCCUACGUAUCGAAGCACUCAAUGCACACACGUCCUUCAUCAACCGCUGCUGCAUUUUCUUCGGCAUCUUCCUCGUCGCGUAUGCAUAUGGUUUAGACGGCACGCUGCGGUACACUUACCAGCCUUAUGCCACUUCGGGAUUUCAGGAGCACUCAACCUUGGCCACCAUCAACGUUCUGAGGAGUGUUAUUGCUGCUGCUGCGCAGCCUACUGCCGCUAAGGUUGCCGACGUUUUCGGGCGCGUCGAAGUCGUCGUUCUUUCUAUCUUCUUCUAUAUCCUCGGAACGGUUAUCGAGGCUGCCAGCAAAGAUGUCGAGUCUUUUGCUACAGGUGCCGUUUUCUACCAGAUUGGGUACACGACUAUCAUUGUUCUCAUCGAAGUCAUCAUAGCGGAUAUCACAUCCCUUCGCUCUCGUCUCUUCUUCUCCUAUAUCCCCGCCAUCCCGUUUCUAAUCAACACGUGGGUUAGCGGAGACGUCAGCCAGGCUGUGCUCAUCAAGACGACUUGGAGAUGGGGUGUGGGCAUGUGGUGUAUCAUCUACACUGUGUGCUGCAUUCCGCUAGUUGCUUCGCUCAUGUGGUCGAGUCGACAAGCUCGAAAGGCCGGCUCACUUGACAAGUACCAGACACCGUAUCAGGUCCAUGGCGGUAGCGUCAAGAAUCUGCUAAUGGCGCUCUUUUGGCAAAUGGACGUUCCUGGUAUUGUGCUGCUGAUUGCUGUGUUUGGCUGCAUUCUAACGCCUUUUACCAUUGCGGGUGGCGAACAGUCACAAUGGGGUACGGCCAAGGUUAUUGCCCCCCUUGUCAUCGGAUUCCUGUGCCUUCCCGUCUUCGUCAUUUGGGAGAGGAGAGCACCGCAUCCAAUGCUUCCCUUCUAUCUGCUGAAGGACCGUGCAGUCUGGGGUGCUCUGGGAAUUGCUUGUACCCUGAACUUCGCAUGGACCAUGCAAGGCGACUUUCUGUACACCGUACUCGUCGUUGCGUUUGACGAAUCUGUGAAGAGCGCGACUCGCAUCAGCUCUUUGUACAGUUUCACGUCCGUCAUUACUGGGCUGAUACUCGGUGGUAUUGUUUUCAAGGUCCACCGCCUGAAACCGUUCAUCAUUGCGGGAACAUGUCUCUUCGUGGUGGCUUUUGGUCUCCUGAUCCACUACCGUGGUGGCUCGGGCGAUUCGUCGCACUCUGGCAUCAUUGGCGCGCAGAUAUGCUUGGGUAUCGCGGGCGGUAUGUUUCCGUAUCCUGCGCAGGCGAGCAUUCAGGCUGCAACGAAGCACGAGCAUGUCGCCAUUGUCACAGGCAUCUACCUCGCUACCUACAACAUUGGAAGCGCGCUUGGCAACACCGUCUCAGGCGCCAUGUGGCAGCAAAUCAUACCGAAUGAGCUGGUCCGACGAACCGGCGAUGCAUCACUCGCGGCCACCGUCUACGGCGAUCCGUUCACCUUUGCGGCUUCGCAUCCUGUGGGUACGGCGGAGCGUACUGCUGUGAUAGAGGCAUAUCGGCAUGUGCAGAGACUACUCUGCAUUGCGGGCAUCUGUCUGGCAGUGCUUCUUGUCGCCUUCUCGCUCGUCAUUCGAGACCCGAAGUUGGGCAAAGAGCAGAGUUUGGAGGAUGCGGAGGAGAGUGCUGAUGUGGUGAGCUCGGAUAGUAGGCACUAA